AUGAUUGUUUUACACUGGAUCCAGACCCCACCUCACACGUUAAAAAUAUUUGUUCAAAAUAGGAUCACUGAAAUCCAACGUCUAACUGAAAAUUGCAAAUGGAAACACGUAUCAUCAGGAGACAAUCUUGCUGAUGCCUUGUCCAGAGGACAACUGCCCAUUGAAUUCAUAAAAAACCACCUCUGGACCACUGGGCCCACUUGGUUAACUCUUCCAAGUGAGCAGUGGCCAGACCGGCCAUUACAAGCGCCAACUGUUGAUAGAGAAACAAAACAAAUAACUUGUUUAAAAACCAUCAUUGAUUUAUCAUUGUUUAACACCUUUCACUCGUUUGACAAAUUAAUCCGCACGUUCGCUUACUGUUAUAGAUUCAUUUCGAGAAAGAAAGAUCGACGUUGGCAAGGGCGAGUGACAUUAGUUGAAUUAAGGGAAACUGAAUCUCGCAUCAUCAAACUCAUCCAACAUCAAGCCUUUCAAGAAGACAUCCAAAGUCUUCAACAGACGAAGGCAGUACGCCAGCGUCAAUCCAUCAGACUGAAACAAUUGACGCCUUUUCUCGAUGAUCAAGGCAUAUUACGUGUGGGAGGAAGACUAGAGAAUGCGCAGAUAUCAUUUAAUCAACAGCAUCCAUUAAUUUUACCACAUACUGGUAUCAUUCCUGAAUUGAUCAUCUCUAAAUCUCAUCUCGAUAAUUGUCACUCUGGAGUUCAAAACACACUUUACAACAUUAGACAUAACUACGGGAUUCUCAAUGGUAGAAAUUUCGUCAGAAAAAUAAUCCGCAGAUGCUCUACUUGUUGUCGAGCAAAUCCGCCUACAACACAUUAUAUCAUGGGCAACUUGCCAACAGCUCGAGUUUCUCAAACCAUCAGACCUUUCGUCAAUGUGGGAGUUGAUUAUUGCGGCCCUUUUUUGAUUAAAGAAAAGAAGUAUCGUAAUCGAGGACACGUGAAAGUUUAUGUUGCGGUUUUCAUAUGUCUUGCCGUAAAAGCCGUUCAUCUCGAGCUAGUCAGCGACCUCACGAAAUCUGGAUUUUUAGCAGCCUUGGAUAGAUUCAUUUCAAGGAGAGGAAGACCCACAUCGAUAGAAUCAGACAACGGAACAAAUUUCACAGGUACCAACAACGAGAUGAAAGCCAUCAUCAAUGAAUUGAAAGAGUCACAGCAAGACGACAUAAUAUCCCGCGAACUCAAUAAGCAAGGCAUUCAAUGGAAAUUCACACCCCCGCUUUCUCCACAUUUUGGUGGAAUGUGGGAAGCUGCCGUUAAAUCUUUUAAGCAUCAUCUAAUUCGAGUUACAAGAAACACUUUAUUGACAUUUAAGGAAUUAAACACAUUAAUCAUUAAAAUCGAACCGAUUCGCAACUCCAGACCGAUCACACCAAUGUCAGCAGACCCUAAUGAUCUUCAAGCCCACUCACCUGGUCACUUCCUAAUCGCAAGUCAUGCACUGCAUCAACUUCUCAACACACCAGCAACAAAGGCGUGUCAUCAUGGCUGA